GCUCCAUGUGAGCAGACGCAAGGAUUCAGCUCCUGAAGUUUGGUGUUAACGGUCCUCUGGGAGUCUUGGGAGAGCCCUAGGGAGAGCACAAUUAAAUCCCACCAGCUACACCACAGCUCUCAGAAUAACCCUUCAUCCUGGUGGAAAGAUCUGCAACAAUGGAUUUCAGCUCAUCUUUUCUGGAUGGCAUGGUUGGGGUGGGUGAUAUGAUUCUGCUGGACACACUGACAGAUGAUUCCCUGCUCAAGAACCUGAAGGAAAGAUUCAAAAACGAUGAAAUCUAUACGUACAUAGGAAAUGUGGUUAUAUCGGUAAACCCCUACAAGCAACUUACUAUCUACACCCCAGAGAAGAUAGAGGAGUACAGGAACAGCAAUUUCUACCAGCUGAAGCCACACAUCUAUGCAGUGGCUGAUGAGGCAUACAAGUCCCUGCGUGACCGUGACAAGGACCAAUGUAUCCUAAUCACAGGGGAGAGCGGUGCUGGAAAAACUGAGGCCAGUAAGCUGGUCAUGUCUUAUGUGGCAGCUGUGUGCGGAAAAGGAGAAGAAGUGAAUCAAGUGAAAGAACAACUCUUGCAGUCAAAUCCUGUUUUGGAAGCCUUUGGAAAUGCAAAGACCAUUCGAAAUGAUAACUCUUCCAGAUUUGGAAAAUACAUGGACAUCGAAUUUGACUUUAAAGGAGAUCCUAUGGGGGGAGUUAUCAGUAAUUACUUGCUGGAGAAAUCUCGGGUGGUAAAACAUGUCAAAGGAGAAAGGAGCUUUCAUAUAUUUUACCAGCUGAUUGCAGGAGGAGGAGCUGAACUUCUAGGAAAACUUAAGUUGCUUCCAGACUGCACCAACUAUGUCUAUCUAAAUAAGGAUUCCAGCUCUUUAUCGGGGAUGAAUGAUGCUGAAAACUUUCGAAUUGUUAAGGAUGCCAUGAAAGCUAUUGGAUUCCAAGAUACUGAGGUUACUUCAAUCCUGGAAAUUGCUGCAGUUGUUCUAAAGCUGGGCAAUAUUGAGAUAAAAGGACAAUUUCAGGCUAAUGGAAUGGCCUCAAGCUACAUCACUAAUUCUCAGUAUGUUAGAGAGAUUGGCUCACUGAUCGGCCUUGAUGCUUCCAUACUAGAAAAUGCUUUCAGUGUGCGUACUGUGGAAGCCAGACAAGAAAAAGUGGUGACAACACUGGACGCAAGCCAGGGAAUUUAUGCCCGGGAUGCUCUAGCAAAGAACAUGUAUGACCGACUGUUUAGCUGGCUGGUACAGAGGAUCAAUGAAAGCAUAAAGGUGUCUGAAUUACAGGGAAAGAAAGUGAUGGGUGUGCUGGACAUUUAUGGCUUUGAAAUAUUAGAAGGAAACGGGUUUGAACAAUUCAUUAUCAAUUAUUGCAAUGAGAAGCUUCAACAAAUCUUCAUUCAAAUGACAUUAAGAGAAGAACAAGAAGAGUACACAAGAGAGGGAAUCGAAUGGACUCGUAUUACCUUUUUUGACAAUGAAAUCAUCUGUAAUCUCAUAGAGGAUAAUACCAAUGGCAUUUUAGCAGUGCUUGAUGAAGAAUGCCUGCGCCCAGGGAAUGUCUCGGAUGCCACCUUUCUAACCAAACUAGGAGUAAAAUUCAAAAACCACAACCACUUCAAAAGCAAGGCUACACAGAAUGAAAAACGUAUCACUGACACCACAUUGGCUGACAGCGCUUUCCGCAUAGAACACUAUGCUGGACAGGUCACUUACAACACUGCUGGUUUUCUGGACAAAAACAACGACCUUCUCUUCAGAGAUCUCUCCCAAGCCAUGUGGAAGGCCAAACAUGUGCUACUGAAAUCUUUGUUCCCAGAAGGUGACCCAAAGAACUCCUCGCUGAAACGUCCACCCACUGUUGGCUUCCAGUUCAAAACCUCUGUGUCAACACUUAUGAAGAAUCUGUAUGCCAAGAACCCCAACUAUAUUCGAUGUCUGAAACCCAACAACACAAAGAAACCAUCUCUGUUUGAUGAUCAGCUUGUUAAGACACAGGUCAAGUAUCUGGGUUUGCUGGAGAAUGUCAGAGUUCGCCGUGCUGGAUAUGCUUAUCGGCAGGUGUACAGUGCUUUCCUGAACAGAUACAAGCUGCUGAGUAAACAAACAUGGCCCCGUUGGGAAGGGGAUCCAAGGGCGGGAACUGAAGCUUUGUUAAAUGACCCAAAUGUCAACAUUUCAAAAGAAGAGCUUGCAUAUGGUCGAACCAAAAUAUUCAUCAGGACUCCAGAAUCACUCUUUGACUUAGAAGAGAAGCGCAGGAAGAAGCUGAAUGAAUUGGCUGCCCUCAUACAAGCCUUCUUCCGUGGUUGGAAGCUGCGUAAACAAUUUUUGCUCAUGCGACAGAGCGAGAUCGUCAUUGCUGCAUUUUACAGAGGAAAUCAGCAAAGGAAAAAUUAUCAAAAGGUGCGGUACUCUGCUUUACUUUUGCAAGCCUUCAUCCGAGGCUGGAGGGCUCGUGUGUUGGUGAAAUGCAUGAAACUACAAAACUGCCAGGAAAAGGCAGCAUCCACUAUUUGUGCUUAUUGGAGGGGGUUCAAGGUGCGGAAGGAAUACAGGAAACAAUUCCGCUCUUCUUCAUCAAAAAUGUUGGCAAACUUCAUCUACAGGAGAAUUCUUCAAAAGUAUUUCCUUGGAUUGAAAGGCAACCUUCCCUCUAUGUCACCAACAAACAAAACAUGGACAGAGCCAAAAUAUAAAUUUCUCAUUCCUAUAAAUCAAGAACUGAUGAGGGUAUUCCACCAAUGGAAGUGUAAGAAGUUUAGGCAAGCAUUAACCCCACAACGCAAAGCUAUCCUUGAAGCUAAAAUGUGUGCCAGCGAACUCUUCAGAGGUAAAAAGAAAUCUUACCCAGCAAGUGUUCCAAAGCCAUUCCAGGGGGAUUAUGUGGGCAUACAGAAUAACCCCAAACUUCAAAAACUGAGUACAGCUGUUCCUGGUAAAAUAGAAGUAGCUGCAAACGUCCAAAGAAUCAGUAAAACUGAUGGCAAGGGAACUGCCACCAUAUUUCUAAUGACGAAAAGUCACCUUGCUCUUGCGGAUUCUAAAGGACAAGUAAAGGCAUUAGUGAAGUUGGAUGAGAUUGCCAGUGUUUCUGCUAGCAAGUUCAAUGAUGGCAUCUUUUUUAUUCAGCUCACUCCGACCGCCACGCCAGGUGGAAAGGGAGUAAGUGACAUCUUAUUAACCAGUGAGCAUGUAAUAGAAAUCCUGACUAGACUACACCAAGCAGUACUGGAAUUAACACAAAAGAAGCUGAACCUGCAGAUUACUGAUCAGUUUUCUGUGAAAUUCAAGAAGGACCCAGUAGCCGUUAAAUUUGUUGAAACUUCUGUGCAGAAUGGCAAAGGGCCAGUGUUCAAGAAGAAAGGAAGCCAAAUGGUGGAAGUGUAUGUGUAGUGAGAAUUGUGCUGCUAGUUGCUUGAGAAAGUUUUACCCUAAGGAAUCAAUGGACUG